GAGUGCGCCGCGCUCUACUUCGCAUUCAAGAUCACGUGACACCUCGGGCCAUCCUAUAACAGACGGGCAGUUCCCAGCAUGCCUCUGGGUUUCCAGAAGAGUUUGCGGAAGUAGCUGAUCGCGUGGGUUUUAUGCAAAAUACAAAUAUUGCAAGUUCAUAACCUCAGUCCACAAAAAAGCUUCAAGCUGUGUAUUAUGGAUACGGAGAGCCAACCUUCUUCCGAUAUUGAUGAAGAAAUGGAAGAUGGUAACACAUCUGCCAAAAUACCUAAACAGAAUGGAAGUGAUGAACACAAGAGAAAAACAGGUGUCGAUAAUGAGUCCUCCAUACGUGGAAAUAAAGAUUGGUUAAAAUAUAUCAAAAAGAAGAAGCAGUUUAUCUGUAAGGAAUGCGGGAAACGGCUUUCUGAUGGCCCAUCCUUUGAGAAACAUGAGCAAAGGCACCUGGGCAUUCAAACCACAGUGACCUGCUAUGAAUGUGGAAAACAGUUAAAACGCUCUUCAUUAAAGAAACACCAAGAGCUGCAUCUACGCCAGCAUAACAGCCCCAAAACUGUUUCAGUGAAAGCCAUAAAGUGCAGAAAGAAUGGAAAGAAAAUUCUGAAAAUGUUGUAAUGGGGAGACUGAGGUGUUGAAGAAAGUUUCCUAAAAAGAACAGUUGUAGUCAUUUUUUUUUUUUUUUUGCUAAAAUAUAUAAAGUUAUAUCUGCAAGCCUGUCCUAUCGGAAUAUUUACAUUGGAUUGUCAUCACUAGUCAUGGAAAUAAAGAACUGUCUCAAAUGGUU